UGAACCAUAAGGCGCAGACGUGUGACCGAGCAACUGGGUAUAAAUACAGCUGAUUUCGAGCAAUGAUACUAGUAUUGCACAACGGAGUAUUACAAACGGAAUUUAGAUUCAUUUGGGCUUUGACAGCAUGUGGAUUUCUGCAACAUUCAUACUUUUUGCACUGGCUGUAAAUGUCAUCAACGUGGAAUCCGAUUCUGUUGGUCGAAGAUGCCCCUCUGACUGGGAUAAAUUUGGAACACAAUGUUUUAAAUUUUUCAGCGACCCCAAAUCAUGGGCUGAGGCAGAGGAACAUUGUGUUGCCCUCGGAGGAAACCUUGCAUCUAUCCAGAGUAGCCUCACUCACACUUUUCUGAAAAACUUUGUGAAAAAACAAUCAAAGGGCAACACCCGAUCCUGGAUUGGUGCUCAUGAUGCACCUCAGGCAUUUAUCUGGUUUUGGAGUGACGGAUCAAAGUUUGAGUACAAUGACUGGCACACUGGUGAGCCAAAUAAUGGAGGAGAUGCUGAAAGAUGCGUGGAGAUGGGCUAUGGAGAUGAGAUCCGCUGGAAUGAUGCACGCUGUGAAACCCAUCUCCCUUUCGUCUGUUACAAAAUGGCUAAGAUUGACUUUAAUCCAUAAUUGAUUGAUAAACUAAUGUCUCAUGUCUGUCCAUAAAUCGCUGAUUGUAACAGACAUACUUUGCCCUUUGCAUUUUAAUAUCCAUUUCUGCAAAAAUAAAAUUUGAACUACAAAUGUA